AUGCGCCAGCCGGACAAGACCGUGCUCCGGGGCGGGACCUCCCUCCCGCGACCCUUCGCCUCCGGCCCGCCUCCCCUCCAGCACCAGCUGCGUGAGCGCGAAGCACCAGCGCGCGCUGCCGGCACCGGCACCCCGAAACGCGGGCGCCCGCGGUCGCGCGCCCUGCUCGUCGGCGCGGGCUUGUGCGCGGGCGUGGGCGCCUGCCUCGCGCUGCUGCGCGGCGGGGGCGGGCCGGACAACGACAUCCUCAGCGCGACAGACUUCCGGGCGUUUGCGAUCGUGGCGCGGGAGGCGGUCUCGCCGUCGGCCUUCGAGCUCGCGGUGCGCGCCGACGGCCCCGGCGCGGGCAGCGGUCCCUCGCCGGCGCUGGCUCGCGCGCGCGCCCACGGGCUCUGGUCCGUCGAGGUCAAGCAGCCGCAGCUGCAGAUCGCGCGGCACUACACGCCGCUGCCCUCGCCGCGGCGUUGCGGCGACGAUGGCGACGAUGGCGACGACGACGACGACGACGACAACGGCCGCACUCUCCGCUUCCUCGUCCGCCGCGUCGCCGGCGGCGAGGUGUCGACGUACCUGUCGAAGCUGCGCGUCGGCGACCGCGUCUGGCUGCGCGGGCCGCACCUCGGGUUCGACGUCGGGCGGCGGCGAGGCGGCGCGGGGAACGUCGUCUUCCUCGCCGGCGGCACCGGCAUCGCGCCCGCGCUGCAGAUCGCGGCGCGGCUCCUCGACGGCGGCAGCGAGCAGGGGGGUCCCCCCGACGUAUCGGUGUCGAUCCUCUGGGCGAACCGAUAUGCCGCCGAUGCCCUGGGCCGCCCGCAGGCACGCGGUGGCGCCAGCAGCCUCCCCCGCUGGUGGUGGUCUCUGGGCCGCAGUCAGGUGCCCGAGAUAGCCGAGGCGGCGGGCGCGGACUCGGUGCUGGCGCACCAGAUCCGCGGCCUACAACGACGGCACCCAGACCACUUCCACAUCGCGUACUUCGUCGACGACGAGGGGACCGCGAUCGGAGCGCGGGAUGUGCGGCUCGCGUGUGACUCCGGCGCCUCGCCGGUGCAACUACCGCCCGCGAACCCCUCCUGCCCCUGGCACAGCCCCGCGGCGCUCGAGCAGCUGCCCGACGACAAGGACGCGGGGCGCCACCGCGAGGGGUGUGUCUGCCGCGGCCCGGGGGUCGGGGCAGACUUGCUCUGCGUGUCGGGCCCCGACGGCUUCGUCGCCGCGUACGGGGGGCCGAAGGUCUGGCGCGACGGCGCCGAGACCCAGGGCCCGGUGCGCGGGAUGCUGGGGCAGAUACUGGCCGAGGAAGAAGAGAAGGGGAACAUGAGGAAUUGGCUUGUGCUGAAGCUAUAGGCUAGGCUGUUCGUUUGUGAGCAAACGCGCCCGCACUAUAGGCUGAACUAUGGAAUAGGUACCUCUCUCUACCGGCAUAUAUGCACAUGGAAGCAGAGGGGGGCGCGAGGUAGCAUGGGGGGGAUAGAUGUAUAGACACUACCGCCCGGAUAUAUACCCGGACGAGGAGGUAUAGACGGGUUGCGGAGGCAUGGCCAUACGUGCAACGACGAAAUAAAUAAACAAUGACAGGCUGAGAUGCCAUUUCACAUGUACAUAUACCUAUCCUCUAACUGAUUAUGCCGAUAUCUUACCGUCAUAACAACUAUCAUCACUUUCUGCAGCCCCUCAGGUGCAGGGCCCCU